UCAGACCAUCAAAGUACGCCUGCAGAAUCAGCGCAAAAAUGUGGCCAGUGUUCCUGGGGUGGCUGGGGUAACCCACUAUCGAGGUAUAGCGCAUGCAGCAAUCACCAUUCCCAAACAGGAGGGGAUAAGCGCCAUGUUCAAAGGCCUUGAGAGCGGCCUUGUAAGACAGACAGCAUUUGCGACUCUCAGGCUGGGACUAUACAACCCAAUCCGUGAUUGGUACGUAUCAGUUCUCAGUGCCUCGGCAGACGGCACAUCCACGCCAACAUUAGGUAUACGCGCACUCGCAGCGGCGACUACCGGAGCUAUAGCUAUCACUGUAGCUUCGCCGGCGGACUUGGUUAAAGUGCGCAUGCAGGGGGCAGCCCCAGGCGUGUACAAGAACACGCUCGAUUGCUUCUUGAAGUCGUUGCGAGAAGGUGGCGUCGCGAAGUUGUGGACCGGUCUUGGGCCCAACAUCGCGAGGAAUUCCGUCAUGAAUAUGAUGGAGGUCGCCACAUACGACCAACUCAAGUCCUAUCUCGUCAACGAGCGUGGCUGGGAAGCGGGCACACAGACCUUCAUUGCGUGUGGUCUGGGAGCAGGUGCGGUGUCAACGGUAGUGGGAAGUCCAUUGGAUGUGAUCAAAGUACGAAUAAUGAGUAAGCAGGUGGAUGCUAAGGGUCAACCCUUAUAUCGGAAUGCGGUGGACUGUUUCAUGAAGAUUCUGCGUCAGGAAGGUGUGUCGGCGUUCUACAAAGGACUAUCGGCCAACUAUCUGCGCGUGGGCUCGUUCAACACUGUGAUCUUCCUAACUUACGAGUCCGUACUACGAAUGUAGGGCACCAUAUAAUGAUAUAGGGGCUGUUUCAAUGCGUCCUAGGGCAGUCGGAAAGGGUCAUUUUGGCGCGUUGCGCAGGGUCUUCUCUGGGGCUACAAUUCAGAAAAAUGGUAAUUCUGCUCCCCUACUUUAACUCCUUUUGGCUGUCGGAUUCAAACGAAUCUUUCGGUUGCGCCAUGAUUCUCACACCCGCCGGUGUGAACGCUAUCGACAUGCACAGGUGCAUAGUGCGUUCUUGCAAAUGUUCUGCGUCGUGAGGCAAUGUGUAUCCCACACGCCAAAUUGUUUGGCGUGCAGGGCUAGUCUGAAUAUGCCAAUGCACAGUGACCGUCAUGUGGUGGAUGCUAUCAGGAGUCGGCGCAUAAUUACCGAUUUCCGAUGUGCGUUGCUCUGUGGCGCUGCUGUAUUCGUCAAUUUGCAUCGAGUUAGUCGAGGCUACCCUGCACUCUGUCGAUCGAUAUCUGGGGUCCUGUUUGCGAGCCUCUCACACGUUGCCUAGACAGGUACUGAAUGAUAGACGGAAACACGCCAGACAAGCAUACGCCAAACAAGUCAACACGGAAUAAGCAAUGCACAGAAUAUGCCUGGUAUGAUAUAAACUACAUAGUGCCACAAUGGCGGUACGUUCCCACAUUCCUCCGCAUCAGUUUCGAACACAAGAUAUUACACCGUUACUUCGCUGUGUAAGGAUGUGUUUAUGUGGUUGCAGGCCGAGAACAUUGUCACCUUACUGCAUGACACAUGGUACCAUGCCAUUCCUCGUGUAUAGUAAGUGAAUCACCGUACAGGAAUAAAACCCUAAUCGGAUACCUCAAAGGCACGCACACA